AGCGCAUCUGCUUUUGGUAAGAAAAAUCGGAGGGCCGGAGGGGACAGGUGCAAACAAUAUGGGGGUUCUCGAGCUUCGGUUGAUGUGGCAGCCCUAGAGUUGAGGAUUACCUGUGAGCAUAUGCAUCCUUUGAAACUUUGUGUGAACUACCAUCCAAACAAAAGGAAGAAUGGAGAGCUAAUUGAUUAUUCAUCACAACCGAAAGUUAUGGAGGUUAUCAGCAAGCUGUCUACUGCAUUCCAUGAAGUUGAAAGUGAACAUCAAUCACAAGAAGUUGAAAUUUCUUGGGCAUCAAAAGCAGUAAUGUCUGAAUUGCAUUUGAAGUAUUUUGAUGUGGUUGGGUACAAUAAGAAAAGAGUUUUGGGAAC